AUGGGUUUUGUUCUCGCACACAAGCAACUCUUCCUCGAGAAGAAGCACAAGCUGACAUAUCAAGCUCUCGCUACGGGUUUCUGUGGCUCUCUGACAACCUUCUCCUCCUGGAACAAUGAUGCUGCAACAGUCCUCAUCCAGUACGGUGAAGAAGACCCCAACAAUGUCACCAGAGUCAUCGGCUGGGCAACUAUUCUUGUUGUCGGGUUCGGGAUGCCCAUUGCAGCACUCAAGUUUGGGGAACAUCUCGGCUACCUCUCUCCUUGGGCCGAUCAGAGAAAGGGGGUGAGGGAGUACAAAGUUUCACAUAAGGCAGUGAGAGUGCUCGAGAUGAUCAUCUACAUUGUUGCCUGGGUUAUAACCACCUCGGUUGUGGUCAUCGUCCCUCUUGUUCUGUUCAACAGACACGACUUCAUGUUCAGUUUUGUCCUGGCCUCACUGGGGGCCUACAUCCGUUGGCACCUCUCCCCACUCAAUUCGGCCUUCAACUAUUUCCGACUGGGCACGUUCCUUGUAAAUGUCCUCGGGACUUGGGUCCUGGCGACAGCGUACGUUCUGGACCAUCACCACGAGGAGCAGACGGGUCUUGAGGUGAAGGGACUGCUCUACGGAGCCACUGCUGGGUUCUGUGGGUGUCUCACAACAGUCUCUACAUUUGCAGUUGAGCUGUCCACCCUCCCCCUGGCCGGGAGCUAUGUCUAUGGUCUUUCAUCUGUGUUGGCUGCACAGGCUGGACUCCUGUUGAUUAGGGGUACUUACUGGUGGACCAGAUGAAUUUUUAGUCACUUCACAUCAUUGUUUCAUCAUGUCAGCAUAAUCAACUAUCCAUGUGUAUGCACAACAAAGGUUACGGUAUAAUACCUUGUUUGUGUGUGAGUCCAUAAUUAUGUGUGUG